AUGGCCAACAUCAUCAGUUCAGUGGAUGAAGGUGUGUCUAAACACACUUCGAAGAUAAUGCUGUCUGUCAUCCUGGUGACCAUCAUUAUACUGACUGCACUUGGAAAUUUGCUUGUGAUGGUGGCUCUCUGUAAAGACAGAAAGCUAAGGAAGAAGAAGACCAACUUCUUCGUUGUAUCACUGGCAUUUGCAGACCUUCUAGUUGCACUUGUUGUGAUGCCGCUGGCAGCCAUAGAGCUGACCACAGGUCAAUGGAAAUAUGGAGAGACGUUCUGCUUGAUCCGUACCACACUGGACGUGCUGCUAACCUCUGCGUCUAUUCUGCAUCUGUGCUGCAUUGCACUGGACAGGUACUAUGCGAUUUGCUGUCAGCCUCUGGUCUACAAUAACAAGAUGACACCUGUGAGAGUCUCGCUGAUGCUGGUUGGAUGCUGGGUCAUCCCCAUUUUCAUCUCUUUUCCCAUCAUGCAAAGUUGGAAUACCAUUGGAAUUGAGAGCUUUAUCGAACAAAGAAAAUUCAACUCCUCCCAUAAUUCGACUUGUGUGUUUAUGGUGAACCGACCCUAUGCUCUGGUGUGUUCAACCGUGGCCUUCUAUGUGCCUCUGGUGCUGAUGGUUCUCGCCUAUCAGCGAAUCUAUGUCACCGCUAUGGGACACGCUCGGCGAAUCGGCUCACUGCACCGGGCCGGCUCAGCCCCUUCUUCGACUUACCCCAACCACAAUCAACAAGGCUCCAGUCGCAUUAAGAACGAAACCAAGGCAGCCAAGACGCUGGCUGUCAUCAUGGGCUGCUUCUGUCUGUGCUGGGCGCCCUUCUUUAUCACCAACAUGGUGGAUCCCUUCAUCAAUUACAGCGUGCCCUGGCAGAUGUGGACCGCUUGGCUCUGGUUGGGUUACAUCAACUCGGGCUUGAAUCCGUUCCUAUAUGCUUUUCUGAACCGGGCUUUUCGGAGAGCCUUUCUUAUGAUCCUGUGCUGUGGAAAUGAGCACUAUGCCCCACAGGAGGGCUUUAAUCCGAGCAGACGGCGCUCAGAGUCUGUCAACGGAACCUCCAUUUCUCUAAGGUACAGUUAG